AUGUUCGAUGGAACGAACCCGUUAGGAUGGAUAUUUCAAGCCGAAAAUUACUUUACAUACUACCAAAUUCCACCGCAAGAACGCGUCACCUUAACCGCGUUUCAUUUCGUCGGUGAUGCGCUAACUUGGUACCAAAACCAAUCCACCAAUGGUUUGCUCGGUAAUUGGCCAGCCUUCAAGCGAUCCGUCGAACUUCGAUUCGGUCCCUCCACAUUUGAUAACCAUGAAGCUACCUUAUUCAAACUACAACAAAAAACCACGGUUCCCGAAUACCAAACCGAAUUCGAACGUCUGAGUAAUCGCAUCACAGGUUUGUCAGCCCGAACUUUACUCAAUUGUUUUAUUUCGGGGCUUAAACCAGAGAUACAGGCCGAAAUGGCUAUUAUUAAGCCCAAUACAUUUGAAGAAGCCUAUGGCCUAGCCCGACGAAUAGAAGACAAAUUCAAUCACCUUUUUAAAACCAAACCCCCUUAUCCCAUAAAAUCCUACUCUUCAACAAACUUCCCCACAACUUCUGCCACUCCAAUAAGGACCAUGUCAUCCACCACCACUAACCCUACCAAACCGGUAACUACGACACCAUCAGCCACGACAACCCCACCACUCCUAUCGUCACCCCCCAAAACCUUACCCUUUACAAAACUUUCACCGGAAGCCAUUCAACAAAGUCGAAAGGAUGGAUUAUGCUUUCGUUGCCCCGAAAAAUUUUUCCCCGGCCACAAAUGUUCCCCGCCACAAUUCAUGUUGAUUGUCGAUAACGAGGAUCAGCUUGAACCUCUCGACGAUCCACCCGAUCAACAACCAGAUAACGUAUCACCCCCGCAAUUUAUGUCCUUGUCGGAUGCGACUUAUUUUGGUAUGUCCUCCUUACAAACUCUUCGUAUCACGGGCUACAUCAAUGGCACUCCCGUUACGGUAUUGGUUGAUUGUGGUAGUACCCACAAUAUUAUACAGCCUCGGAUCGCGUCUUUGUUGGGGCUUCCAACCAAGCCUUUACAACCCUUUGCGGUUAUGGUAGGAAAUGGCGAGCACAUCUACUGUCAAGGACAUUGUCCAAAUGUCCCAUUACUUCUACAGAAAGCCGCCUUUCAAGUUCCAUUCUUCGUUUUUCCAGUUCAAGGAGCGGACGUAGUCCUUGGUAUUUCCUGGUUGGGAACGCUCGGUCCGAUCACCGCUGACUUUUCAGUCCCAAAAAUUUCCUUUAAUAUCAAUGGGAACACAACAACUCUCACAGGAGAACCCAUGACAAAACAGGUAACAUCGAGCUCUUUGUCAUCUAUGCUUCGUCACGGCUCAAUUGCAUCACUUCAUGCUUUACUGUUGGAACCUCCACAUAAUGCCACAGCCACAACCGACAACUUAUCCCACACCGACCCCAUUAUUACAAACCUACUGACUGAUUUUCAAUCAGUCUUCGCCACCCCACAUAACUUACCACCUUCACGACCUCAUGACCACCGCAUACCCUUACUCGAUGAAAGCAAACCGGUAAACGUGAAACCUUAUCGUUACCCUCACUUCCAAAAACAAGUGAUGACACAACUGAUUGAUGAGAUGUUACGUGAUGGGAUUAUCCGUCCAAGCCAAAGUCCGUUUUCUUCACCGGUUUUAUUAGUAAAGAAGAAAGAUGGUACUUGGCGCUUUUGCGUCGAUUACCGAGCUCUUAACGCCGUUACCACUCGAGAUCGUUUUCCAAUCCCAACAAUUGAUGAGCUUCUUGACGAAUUAAACGGUGCAACAAACUUUUCUAAAAUUGAUCUCCGUUUGGGAUACCAUCAGAUUCGGGUUGCACAAAAUGACAUUCACAAGACCGCUUUUCGCACAUCGGAUGGCCAUUAUGAAUUUUUGGUCAUGCCAUUAACCAAUGCUCCAUCAACGUUCCAAUCGGCUAUGAAUGAUCUAUUUCGGUCAGUUUUACGCAAAUUUGUCUUGGUGUUUUUUGACGAUAUCUUGAUCUAUAGCGCUUCCAAAGAAGAUCAUUAUGCUCAUUUAAAGUUCGUUUUCCAAACUCUACAUGAAAAUCAUUUCCAUGCAAAGGCAUCCAAGUGCGUCUUUGCUGUGCAUGAUAUUUCGUUUUUGGGACACUGGAUAUCAGGGAAUGGAGUACGGCCCGAACCGGAGAAAAUUGUUUCUAUUCAACAGUGGCCGAAACCAGUGUCCUUCACCACCUUAAGAGCUUUCUUGGGUAUUACCGGGUAUUACCGUCGCUUUGUACUGCAAUAUGCACACAUAGCUACACCAUUAACCGAUAUCCUCAAAGCCAAAGAAUUUCUUUGGAACGACAAAGCUGAAACAGCCUUCACCACCCUUAAAACUCACAUGCAAAACCUCAUAACACUCGCCCUGCCAGAUUUUUCAAAACCGUUCGACCUAACAACCGAUGCCUCGGGGUAUGCUAUUGGAGCUGUUCUUUCACAACACAAUCGUCCCAUUGCAUUUUUCUCAAGAAAAACUUUGCCCAACAAUGCAAGCCCAGUCCACAUACACCAAAGAAUUGUAUGCUAUUACGGAAUCCGUUCGUAA